AUGACCGGAGGCGACUCAACAGCAAGUAAGGCGGCUGACGCCUGGUUACAAAGACUGACGUCCGAAUGCCAAGGCAAGUGCUACAGCAAAACACAUGAUUUUGUCGCGGUUUUUUGUAGCGAUAAGCCAAGUAUUAGCGCGGCUGUGAAGUUGGCAAGAGACUUCUGUAAGGCUACAGGGGCAGCCAUAAAUUUGAGCAAGUGCCGUGGGUUUUGGCACGGAGAGUGGGCCACAACCCCUUCGGUGUUUGAAGGGGUGUGUUGGGACCGUGUGCCGUGCACUUACCUCGGUGUGCCACUAAAGUGUUACAGGCAAAGCAAAUCCUAUUGGUCGGGAGUCGCCGCCGACUUGGACAGACGCGCUUCCCGUUGGAAGCAGCGUGAGCUGUCCAUAUUUGCCAGAGCGACAGUAUGUAAUAUUUUUCUCAUUGCAAAAUUAUGGUACGUGAUGCAGGCCAUUCAUUGUACUCGCUUGAAUGUGCAGAAAUUUCACCGUGUUUUUGCCACGUUUAUUUGGAAUUCAAAGUGGGAGCCGAUGAGGAGAGAUAAUCUUUUCCAUCGGAUUCGUCACGGUGGUCUCGGUCUCUCGCAUUUGUUUUGCAAACAGAUUGUGUCCCGAUUCUUUUUUCUACGAGACCAAGAGCAUUUUUUCAUACGUACAUUUAUACAAACCAAAUUGUCUCCGCAUUUACCAUCUUUUCUCGUUUCGUCCCAUGGCGGCGAACUUAAGAGAUUAGUGGGAUAUCAAAAGGAGGUGGUAGACGCAGUGUUAUUCUUGUCUGCUCGUUUUUCUUUUGAGUAUUUGUCUGCUGUUAGCAAGAAAACACUUACACGCGAUUUAUUGAUAAGUUUGUUUCCAAACCCGUUGUAUAGAACUGUAGUCUGCAGCGGGGGCCAAGAUGUGCUCAAGCGAGUGAAGAAUAUGUGCGUUCCCCCUUCCGUUAAAACGUUCUUUUUUAAACUGCAUUCCAAUACACUGCCCGUUAAUGUGUGGCUUCAAGGAAAAGGUGUUGAUGUUCCGUGGUCGGUAGACUGUAUUUUAUGUAAGAAACCUGAGACCAUCGAGCACGUUUUCAUUUUUUGCUGGGAUGCGGUAUUUUUUUGGGAUGUGCUCCCGCGCACGUUGAAGAAACAACUGUGCAUUAGCCAAUCAGUUAUACUUUUCUUGAAUGUGAGUAACGAUGAUGGCAUACCUUUUGAUAUGAUUAUGUUGUUGGGUUUGUGCAGUAUUUGGAGGUCGCGCAUGGCGGUCCGUCAUGCCGACCCUAGUGUGAAAGAAGUGCAUCAUUAUUUUUUCAGCCUUGUUAAGCAAGUGGAAAGUGUUUUUUCAAACCGUAAAACGAAACCCGAGUGGCUAGAAAUUUGUAAACCGCUCCUCGAAAUGCGAGGAUUUUAAUGUACCCUGCAAUAAGUC